AUGGGAUUUGGUCAUAAUGAAUGGCGUAGGGUACGCAAGGAUUUGUUGCAGCAACUACAUGAUAUGUCUUCUGUUUUUAAGAAGUGUAUUCGGGAACAUAAACGGUACAACGAGAUUGAGCGAGCGCUAAAUUAUUUUGGUGAUGGAUUUGCACCAUUCUUUUGUUGGAUGACCAUGCCUGAUAUGGGGCAUAUUAUUGCCACAUGUUAUAAUGUGGUUUUAAUCCUUCUAAGCAUGCGUCAAUGCCUUACAUUUCUUCCUUUCUCAGUUCAAUCAAGCGAAACCAAGCUACGUGAGAUUGCCAUUGGUUUUGUUGACGAUGAUCACUAUGUCCAGGUAUGA